AAAGCAUGAAUUGGGAAUUUUGAGAAAUUAACAUCCUGACAUGUAAAGACUCCACCUGUCCACCUCAACUUCUUCUUCUACUUUGCUUUCUUCGGUCGCCUCGAUCCAAUCUCCUAAACCCUCUUUCAUUCCCAUCAAUUCAGAGAGAUAGAGAGAGAUAGAGGGAGAGAGAUUCUGUAGAAUCUGAUCGGAAAAAUGCAGCGGAGGAGCCCUCCAAAACACAGGCACGAUGGAACUUCACCUUUACCUAUGGGAAUGGAUUGGAGUCCUCCCCCUCGCAAAUGGAGUGGGCGUGACACUGUAUGGCCACAUGAUCCUCGUUCUGGAUGGAGUUUCUGUGUCACAAUACCUUCAUGGGCUGUCCUCCCAAAAUCUAGAGAUUCAGAUCCCAUAGUGUUCUACAGAGUUCAGGUGGGCAUACAAUCACCCCAAGGAAUUACAACUAUGCGAGGAGUAUUAAGAAGAUUUAAUGAUUUCAUGAAGUUGUUAGCUGCACUUAAAAAGGCAUUUCCUAGGAAAAAUCUACCACCAGCUCCACCAAAGGGGCUACUGCGAAUAAGAAGUAAAGCACUGUUGGAAGAGCGACGUAGCUCCUUGGAGGUAUGGAUGGAAAAGCUGCUGUCAGACAUUGAUAUAUCGAGGAGUGUAGUUGUGGCAUCCUUCCUUGAACUAGAAGCUGCAGCUAGGUCUUCAUUCCAAGAUGAAAAACAGAACGGUGGGAAUUCAGACUCGUCUGUAAACAACCAAACAUUGUCACUUAAGCCAGAGUCCAGCUCCAUUCAGUCUGUUGCUAGCGCAUCUUUCACAUCUGAUUAUGGUAGUGAUACUGCUUACGAGGCAUCUGAGAUUGGCGCAUCAAGCCUGGGAAAAGAUUAUAGUUCUGAAGUUGGUAUAGAAGAGCUGUCUUUCGAUGAAGAUUUGACUGACCCGAUAGAAAGGCUCAUGAAGUAUGGUAUGUCUAAUAUAGAUGAUGGAUUGUUUAUGGGACAAGCUAUCCUAGAUCAGCUGGAAAGUUUUCCUCGAAAUAAAGGAAAUGCAGUCAAGGUCACAGUUGCAAAUACUAAUGUGAGCAAUGGAAAUACUUCUGGAAGUGCUUAUACUGGAGCAGAUACCAUGGAACAUAUGGCUCACCCAGACCAUAGUAAGGCAAUUCACCAUGCUAGAAAUUUCUCGAGUGGGAGUAUCGGAAGUGAUGUGAGCUCCUUAAAAGGUAGCAUAUCAUCAAACUCAGGGCCUAAUACCUUGGAAGAUGGAUCCCUUGACCUCCUUAGGGGUUCUGGAGUCUCGAACAACAUGGGAACUGACUCCGAGUUACAGUUUCCCAGUGAUAUAAAAUUAAUGCUUCCACUGGAUCAUCGGCAGAUUAUGAACAGGGCCCUCAUUACUAUGCAGAGGAGACUAGUAACUGCGAAAACAGACUUCGAGGAUCUGAUAUCAAGGUUAAACCAAGAAGUAGCAGUGAAAGACUACCUAACGAGAAAGGUCAAGGAUUUGGAAGCGGAACUUGAAACUACUAAGCAAAAAAGCAAAGAAAAUCUUCAACAAGCUAUUAUAGUUGAAAAGGAAAGACUCACCCAAAUGCAAUGGGAUAUGGAGGAACUCAGGCAAAAGUCAUUCGAAAUGGAACUGAAGUUAAAUUCCCAACAGGCUGAACAGGCAGUUUCGGAAUCAGAGAAGUAUCACACUGAAGGGAAAGAUAUGAUGCAAGAGUUGGAUGCUACUAAACAACAGCUUGUUGAAUUACAAAAACAACAUCGGGAGUUAGAAGUGAAAUCAAAAGCUGAUAUCAAAGUUCUUGUAAAAGAGAUUAAAUCUCUCCGAAGUUCCCAAGCAGAAUACAAGCAGCAGCUCAGUGAGUCGAUCAAGGAAAAAUCUGAGACUGAGAAACUCCUUGAGCAGGAAAAACAAAACAAUGAGUAUUCAAAUACUGCUUUGCGGAAUUUACUACAUCAAUGUGAAUUUCUUCAUAAUAGGCUUCAGGAGUGCAACAUCAACUUGUUGGAUGAUGAUAAGUUAGUCAUAGAUCCUUCUUCACAGACAGCUGCCUCUGACCUCCAAAAAUCUGACAGUUCCAUCAGUCUCCUCCUUUCCAAGGUGCAGCUAUUAGCUAAAGAUGAUGAUGCUGUCUCCACUACCGACAAUAACUCUUCUGAUGAUGCCACAAAGGCGAUAAAUCAGGAACUGCGGGAGCUGCUUACAAAUAUCUUUCUUGACAAUACCAAUUUGAGAAAACAGGUAAACUCAGUUUUGCGUUAUGCACUGAAAAUAAACACAUCAUCAGAUACGAAUGAUGAUGAACAACCCUCAGAACAUACUGUACAAUAGAAGUCUAUAGAGAUGUGAACAUAGAAUGAGCAUUUGUAUACUAGUGAGAUAGAAUUUUUAGAAUGCUUUACAACCCUCUGCAUCAUUGUUGGGGGUUCACUUUGUAUCCAACUAGGAAUUUGUCAACAUAUAGGCCCUAUUGGCCAUAGGAUUUUUUAGCAUCUUAUGUAUACAUGUACGUAAUACUUUAGAACAACUUCUCUUGAACAUGUUACCUCCUGGAUGAGUUCGACUGUUUGAGUACAGCUGUCCAGGCAAGCUUGACCUGAUGCAGAAUCGAGAAUGAGCCUGUGUACAAAUUUUCUGAUAUGAACCUUGGGUCCGAACAGCCAUGAGCGAAGUUAAUUGAGGUCUCAUCCUCUCUUUCCCGAGAGCCUAAGAUCUGCCUCACCUUGUGUUUGCUGACCAAGCGAGGGACACUUAAUCCAGUGCUACCAUAAGACGUGGUCUCGCAAACUUUACCGCUGUUAUGGACCCCUUGCAUUGCUGUUAUCCUACAGAAUCCGUUCCACCGGACCCAAAAUCACAUUGCGAAAGAAUAAUAAGCGUAAAUCCAUCAAUCCCCGAGAAAUGUCCGAGGUCUAAUAAUCUUUGUUAAAAAGAAUUUGUUUUAACACUGUAACGGUAUGAAUGGUAGCAUAAAGAUAAUCAACGCUUGUGCUGUUUUAACGAACAAUUGCAAUAGAUGUGUUUGCAUGUUUCGAGCUGAA